GGGGCGGGAGUGACACGUUCCCAUGGGGAAGCGGCCGCGUGUCCCUGAGGCCCGGGGCGGGGCGUCUUAUCUUAAAGGGGCCGCGCCCCAGCGGGAGCCGGGAAGAGCCCAGACGGCUGCGUGGGUUUUUCCAUCCCAUCUCAGGUGAGGAUGGCAGAGAAGAUCCUUGUGACGGGAGGAGCUGGGUACAUCGGCAGCCACUGCGUGCUGGAGCUGGUGGAAGCCGGCUAUAUCCCUGUGGUGAUCGAUAACUUCCACAAUGCCAUCCGAGGGGGAGAUGCUCUUCCUGAAAGCCUACAGCGUGUGCAGGAGAUUGUGGGCAAGAAGAUUCUUUUCCAGGAGCUGGAUAUCCUUGACGAGACAGCUCUGCGGGAUCUCUUUCAGAAGCACCAUUUUUCAGCUGUGAUGCACUUUGCGGGGCUGAAGGCCGUUGGGGAGUCUGUUCAGAAACCCCUGGAGUAUUACAAGGUGAACCUCACAGGGACCAUUCAACUGCUGGAGACAAUGAAAGCACACGGGGUGAUGGACGUUGUGUUCAGCAGCUCGGCCACGGUGUACGGAGACCCUGCCUACCUCCCGCUGGAUGAGAACCACCCGGUUGGGGGCUGCACCAAUCCCUAUGGCAAAUCCAAGUACUUCAUUGAGGAGAUGAUACGAGACCUGUGCAAGGCUGAGAAGGACUGGAAUGCCAUUCUCCUCCGGUAUUUCAAUCCCAUCGGAGCCCAUGAGUCAGGAAGAAUCGGAGAGGAUCCCCAGGGAAUCCCCAACAAUCUGAUGCCCUACGUUGGUCAGGUGGCAGUGGGGCGCCGGGAGUACCUGAGCGUGUUUGGGGACGAUUAUAAGACAGCUGACGGAACAGGUGUCAGGGAUUAUAUUCAUGUCGUGGAUCUAGCCAAAGGCCACAUCGCUGCUCUGAAGAAACUGAAAGAAAACUGUGGCUGCAAGAUCUACAACCUGGGCACAGGCUGCGGUUACUCUGUCCUGCAAAUGAUCAAAGCCAUGGAGAAAGCAUCAGGAAGAGAGAUAAAGUACAAGAUCACUGCGCGGCGGGAGGGGGACGUUGCUGCCUGCUAUGCUGACCCCACCCUGGCCAAGCAGGAGCUGGGCUGGAAAGCUGCCUUCGGGCUGGACAAGAUGUGUGAAGAUUUGUGGCGGUGGCAGGUGCAGAAUCCCACAGGCUUCAGCAACAACUAGAACGUUGGCCACGGGGAGCCGCCAGGCUGGGGCCGGCCUGCUGGAGUCUCAACCCCCAGAGAGCUGAAUUGCUUUCUCUGCGGGGGUGGGCCGGCCUGAGUCGUACUGAGCCAGUGAAACUUUCCCACCUUUUAACCAGGAGCUGACUUUUCUCAUGGCCUGGGGCAGUCAAGAAACACUCUGGGCCCUGGCCUGGCCUCAGGGAGGGGGAAGCCCCCGGCUCUACAGCAGCAGAGGUCUGAGCAGACCCCAUCCACACUUAGCUGCUGGACUGCACUGAGCAGAACUUGCACAGUUUAAAACAUCGCAGCACGAUUCAGUGGAGUCCCUCCGAGCAGGAACAGAGCCCACCAAGCCAUGCUGGACUCCAGUGCCAAGGGGCUUGCUCCCUCACUGCCCUGAAUGCAGAGAUGCUCACUGAGCAGGGGCCCUUCCCUCUUACCUACCUCACAAGGACAGGACACCACAUGCCCUCUGCUGCUUCCCAUGGGCCAGGCCAUGUCUUCAGCAUUUUCGUAUACACGAGCCCACCCUGCCCCUGUGGUCCUAUUUCCCCAUGCGUGGAAACAUCUUCCCCAGCCCAGGGGGUGGGGGGGGGUUUGUCUUCCACCUUCGGGGCUUGCACACUGCCUUUUCCCUUCCCCCGAAGCAGUUUGCUCCCUGCCUCAGUUCCCUCACCCUUGCCUGUAGGGGCCCAAAGGAGAUUUUUAUUAUGUCUGUUGGACUCAGAAGCCAGUGCCUGGUGCUUACAAGUCUGCUGUGUCAAACUGUGGCGAGCUAGCUCUGUGGCGUUCAAGGGCCAGGCAUGCUUUAGUCAAUGACUCUUGUAGGACAGAGCGUGUACGUGAGAGGAAAAUCACAUUCCCAGCCCUUUGUGCCUGUAGAUGUUUACAAGCUCACUCAGCAAGUGGCAGCGGCAGCUACUCACCGAAGCCUGCCUGGGGCAACGGUUUGUUUUCCUGGCUCCUGAAGAUUUUAUUUAUUACAGAGAACACUGUAAGCGAGCCGGGGACACAGGCCAUUCUGUUCCGCUCGCACUUCCUACAGCUCAUAACUGAUGCUACUGAAUGAUAGGGUGAGAUUUUGACUUGCUUCAGGGGCCAGCGCGAUUCAAACUAGUUCCCACCUUAGAGACGAGGUGGCACAGAGCUGCUGGGCCCCAGUAUCUCAUUGCAUUAAAGAGACCAGCUUAACAUCUUG